UCUAGCUUAUUUGCUAUAGGUUGUUGUCUGCGGUUUUCCUCUCCUCCUGAGACAGCCGGCUGGGUGGGAACACAGCGGCCGCCGCGCUGCUAUUGAUUAGUUAACACAAAACAAACACAGUGUUAAAGUCUCAUUAGCAUGCAGCUAACUAGAUAUAAAAAGACGCCUAGCGCCCAUGGCUUUAGGUUCACCGCCACACCGACGACACAGCAUGCAGGUCCUCCCUCGAUCCCUGGUCCUCAUCACCGUGUUCGGGAUUUUGGUCCUCACUAGUGUUGCUGGGAUGAACAUUGGUCGAGCUGAACUCGAGGAACAAGCCAGAUUUGAUAACCAAGUCAUAUUACACAAUUUCAUAAAGCAGUACCUUCGUUACCAACAGGCCGGCCCUGACAUAGCCGAUGGAAACGUGUUAUGGGGUUUGUUGUAUGGUAACCCAUCUACCUUGUACGAUUCUGGUUUGGCCUUGAAGAAGAGGCAGGAUGAAGCGUGGAAUUCUGGGCCCGCCAGGAAGCGAUCGACUGGCGCCAAGCGCCAACAAGCCUGGCACGUCAACUACGGGAAACGGUAUAGACACUUGUCUGACGUCAAAGGAAACCAAGGGUGGUAUUUUGGGUACGGGAAGCGAGUUACAAGCGAAGAGGAGCCGUUUGGUGCUGGUAGAUGGCCGUCUGCUUCCAUGGUCCUACACCCUCCGUGGUACGACUAUGGGAACAAGUUAAAGGCAAACCAGUUUGUUGACAAUGCUAAAAGGCAACAGGCUUGGCACACGUCUUACGGUAAGAGGCAGCAAGCCUGGCAUAACCCGUACGGUUAACUGACAAAUGAUCGUUUCACGAUUUGUUUUGUUCUUGUUUUUGUCAAAUGUCAAUU